UACAGACUGCAACUAAUCUAUAAACUGGUUACUCUCUAUAUUAUAGUGAAAGUGUGUGAUAUGUAUGCAGCCAUGAUGAGUCUUGGUGCAGCACUGUUGAUGCUGAUAGCUACUGGAGCAAUGGUCUCUGGACAGGAAAUCUACUUGACUCUGGGAUCUGAUCAUAGGAUCACUACUGACAAUACUGAGAUCAUCAUCACCUCUAUUGGAGAGGAUGCUGAGGGUAGUCUUCCUUCUCUCUUCUGUCACACUGACCUCACUGCCUGCUGUAGAAGUGUUGCUGACAACGGUGGUAAUGGAGGACUGGGACAGUGGACGUAUCCUGAUGGGAGUGUGAUACUGAACAAUGGGGACUCAACGACUGCUGGACAGCAGUUCUACAUUAACAGGAAUGGUCCUCAACUCAUCAGACUGGCUCGUAGAGAUAAUGUCAACCCCGUCACUCCAACUGGGUCCUACUGUUGUACUGUACCAACUACUGGAGGAAAUAUGACCCUCUGUGCUAACCUGGUUCUGUGCCCCUCCCUCCCAUCACUGACCAAUGGGAUGAUCUCCUACUCUGACCCAACACUGGGUGAGAACACUGUGGCCACUCACACCUGUGAGGCUGGGUAUGCCCUCACCACUGACCUCAGUACCAGGACCUGUGGAGUGACUGGUUUCUGGUGGUGGUCCGAGUCAGAUCUGGUGUGUGCAGGGAGUGUCUGUCCAGACCUCACUGAUCUACAAAAUGGAGUGAUCAGCUACAGCACUGUAUCAGAUAAUAGCUACAGACGAGUUACUACUGUGGCCACCUACACCUGUAACACUGGCUUUGAACUAAUUGGUACCUCAACGAGGACGUGUAGUGUCAGUGGAUGGGAGGGAACUGCACCAACUUGUACAGCUGUUGACUGUGGCCCCCUCUCUGCCCCCUCCAAUGGAGCAGUGGACACAUCCUCUGGAACUACCUUCAUGAUGACUGCUACCUACACCUGUAACACUGGAUACACUCUGACUGGAGACACCACCAGAAUGUGUGGGGCUGGUGGGAGCUGGACACUCAUGGAGCCUACUUGUGUUGCUCCUAGUAUCACAGCCACAGUGACCUCCAGUGGUCCUCCAAUGGCUGGUCAGAGCUACUCCCUCACAUGUACUGUCACUGGAGUGGAGGCUCUGAAUCCAACCAUCACGUAUGAGUGGACUAGGGGCGGAACAUCAGUUGGUGAAAAUGAUCCUAAGUUAACCUUUAACCCCUUGACGCUAUCAAGCUCGGGUCAGUAUGUGUGUACAGUGACAGUUACCUCUGACCUUCUCACAACUACCUUGACUGAUUCUGAUACCUUCGUAGUCACUAUCAAGGUCCCUCCUCCUAGUGUGAGCCUCUCCCCUCCACCCACUGGAGUGUUCACUGGUCAGUCUGUAGAGCUCUCCUGCACCAUUCUCCUGGACUCUAGUGUGGAUACAUCUCUCACUGUGGAUGUGGAGUGGUCCAAUCCAUCCUUUGCUAUUAUAGACACCACAACCCUACAAACCCCCCCUCUCACCUACCAGACCACCACCACACUCAGUGACUUCAUGGCUGGAGAUACUGGCACCUAUAGCUGUGCUGCUGUGGUUACUCCAUCGAGAGGUUUCACCACACCCAGUGACAGUGUGUCUGCCAGUGCUGUUGUCUCUCUGACCCCUGUCCCCUCUGACCCUGUCAUUACUGCCAUUGCUGGAACCACUUCUCUAUCAUUCUCAUGGACUCAGCCAGAGGGUAACAUUGUUUCCCACUACGUGAUUGCCGCCUCUUAUGUCGGAGAUUGCCCUGAAAUAGGCAAUGCAUUUCCUGGGGUCUCAAGUCCCAAUUUCCCAAACACUGCAAUUGAUAUUCCUGGCCUGCAAGAAUACAGUAACUAUUCUCUGAGUGUGUUGGCUGUGAAUGAUGCUGGUAGCAGUGAGACCAGCACUUUAGUAGCCACCACCCUGUCCACACCUCCCGGGAGUGUACAGAACCUGAUGGCCAUACCCACACCCAGCACAAUCACCAUCCAAUGGGAUCGAGUCGCCUGUAUUGAUAAGAAUAGUGAGAUUAUGGGGUACAGAGUGACCUUUGGACCCACCUCAACUUCAGCCAGAACGACUGAAACAGUAACUGGAACUGACAUGAGGGAGUACACAGCCUCUGGUCUCAUUCCAAGAACCCAGUACACGUUCACAGUUACUCCAUUCAGUGCAAGUGAUGAUGGAGAAUCAGCUGAUGUAACAAGGGAAACCACUUUACCUACUGAGGUGAUGUUUCAGUUGGGAGGACAGUUCUACUCUAGUCACAGUGUGCUUGAUCCAUCCACAAUCAGCAUUGGCCUAUUCAACUCUCUCCUCUGUGUAACCAACAUCAUGGCGUGCUGUCAGGGCAACCAAGGAUCCGGACAAUGGUACUUCCCUGAUGGAACGGAGCUUAUAUCAACUAAUUCCUUCCAACCACACUACAUAUCUCGAGGACCCAGUGUGGUACGGUUGAACAGAGGUGCUCUAGCCACCACACCAGCUGGAGUGUAUCGCUGUGAGGUUCCAGCUAGUAGUGGAGCAGAGAGUGUGUAUAUUGGCCUCUACCCUCCUGGACAAGGUGCUCCCACCAUUCCUGGGGGGAUACAGUUCAAUAGAGCUGCCCUCACUCUGACGUGUGUGUCUAAUGGUGGUCCAGCUAGUGAGGUGAUGUGGACCAGGGAUGGAGCUGCUGUCUCUACUGGAUACACUCUCACACAAACUGUCACCAACACAACCACUGCUACCUAUGAGAAUGUCCUGACUGCUACUACCAUUGCUGAUCUAACGGGAACAUUCACUUGUACAGUCAGCAACAGCAGAGGAACUGCAGAGAUUAUAUUAAAUGGAGUUCAGAUCCUUGGUGACAGCCCUCCAUUCACUGUGGGUAGUACAGCCACUCUCUCUUGUGUCAGUGAUUUGGAUGCUACCAUGAUUGAAUGGUUUGAUGGCAGUGCUACAAGAGUGGACAUGACAACCACAGGGAGAACACUGGACUAUGUACUGGACCCUGUUAGUGAUGAUCUCCACCAGACAACCUUCACAUGUCGAGUGACUAGAGACAAUGGUGUUGUAGAGCAGAGCAUCACACUGUCCCUGAUUGUUCCUGAUGGAGCUCUUUCCAUUGUCACCUCUGUCAGUGGAACUGCUACAGCUGGAGAUGUGUACUCAUUGAUCUGUAGUAUCAGUGAGGUCACAUCUGGAUUGACUGGAGUACCCCAAGCUGUGUGGACAGACUCAGAGGGGAACGUGAUGACAGGGAAUGACAUCACCGUGAUAUCAUCAGACGGAAUGUCCACUCUCACAUUUAACACUUUGAAACUCUCUGAUGGUGGCACGUACACAUGUACUGGUAGUCUCCAGUCUCCUCCCCUCUCCAACCCACUCACUGUUGUGGAGAGCCGCACUGUCAUAGUGACAAUCCCCACUCCUGGAGUGACUCUGACCACACCUCCCUCCCCCCUCACUGCUGGUACAUCACUCACACUCACCUGUAUCAUCACCCUGGAUACCGCUGUUAUUGACGUGAAUGUGGUAGUGGAUAUUGUGUGGGAGAUCUCCACCACGGAUACUACUCCCAUCACCACCACCUCCACUGCCAGUGGUUCUGUUGUGGACACUCUCACCAUCUCUAUACUGAGCACUCGCUACACUGGGGUCACUUGUAGGGCUACUGUGAGAAGACCCAAUAAUGAUCAGUUCAUUACCACCAGCUCUCAAGCUUCAGCUUCUGUAGCUAUGUCAGUGGAGGCUCCCCUACCCCCUGUGGUGACCAUCAGUGUGUCUGGUGAUUCUGUGGCAGGCUCCUCUCUCUCUCUCCUCUGUACUGCUACGCCCCCUAUCCCACUAAUGACCCCGCCCACUAUCUCAUGGGUGGGUGUGGUCUCGUCUGAUGAUGUCACCGUCACCAACAGCUUGACUGUGUUAGAGUCUAACACUAUGGUGACCUUUAACCCCCUGCGGACCAGUCGUGGCGGUGUGUACAUGUGUGUGGCAGGUUACAAUAUUCCUGCAGCUGACAUAUCAUCCAGUGUACAGAACAGUGACUCCACCACCGUCAAUGUGCAGAUCUCUACUGUUGCUCCCACUCCGAGAGGUGUUCCAUUUGACAGUGACUUUAACACUGGUUUGGAACUGGAUCUUGUGUGCAGACUGGAAUUGGAUCCUGCUGUAGACAGUUCUCUCACUGUGACUAGAACCUGGAUCAAAGACAACCAACCACUUGUUCCUGAUGGGGCAAGACUCACUUUCACUGAUGCUAUAAUGAAUGGAACCACUCCACCAUUGUAUAUGACAAGCGUGUUGUUCAGAACUUUAAAUUCAAGGCUCUCUGACUCUGGUAACUACACCUGCAGUUUCUCUAUAGUUCCCAACCAACCCACAUACAUCACUGGAACCACUGCCACUGUCAGCAGGGACAUCAUAGUGGAAGAUUUUCCUAUACAAAGAGUUAUUCUUGUUGCUGAUACGACUGUUGCUGCCAGCAGCUCUUACUCUCUCCAGUGUGUGGCUACCAGAGAUGAAGAUCUAACGUCAAAUAGUUUGUUAGAAGUUGAGUGGUUUGAUAACAAUGGAUCCCCCAUCACUGGAGAGACAAGUGGUGUAUCUGUGAUGGGAGUGUCUAGUACGAAUGACCUUUCUCUGACCUCCACUCUCAUGUUCACCUCCAUCAUGACUGGUCAAGCUGGACUGUACACAUGCAGUGUGAACCUCACUAUUCCUGGAGCUGAUGUGAUGGACCACAACGUGAGGAGAGUGUCCGCUGUGAGGGUCAUGAUCCCCCCUCCACUCACUGUGGUAGUGAAUGCUAGUCGGUCUACCACACUCUACGAGGGAACUACUGGUCUGGCCAUUAACUGUGAGGUUACUAGUGAUGAAACUGGAGUGGACACAUUGAUAUCAAUCAACAGAGCUCUAACUGGACCUGGUUCUGACGGGAGUAGGGCUAGUACAACCUUUCCUGAACCCAACAGCAUUGCUGUAGCCAUUACCCCACUGGCUCUGGGAGAUGCUGGCCUGUACACAUGUACUGCAUCUGUUAGAGCAGCUGAUAACUCAGAGUACAUUGUCACUAGCAACCCUACCACUGGAACAUUCAUCCUUACUGUGGAUGACCUCCCUGUCCCUGUUGUGGAGAUAUCACCCAGUAGUCCCCUACCAGUGCUGGCUGGGUCCUCCCUCGACCUUACCUGCUCAGUCUCAGUGGUGAACUUUCUCUCUGUAGAGCCACUCAUACAGUGGACACUGUCUGACCAGUCAUUAUCUGGGGUACUCAAUGGCCGUACCAACACACUGACCUUUGACCCCCUCCUCACAACCAACGCCACUCAGUACACAUGUACUGCCAUUAUCAACAUACCUGCAGUGGACAUCACUAGUACUGGCAGCAACUCUAUAGCCCUCACAGUGGACAUCUCCCCUCCCACUGUGAGUGUGUCCUCACCCACCCCCGUCUACCAUGGCACUAGCCACACCCUCUCCUGUAACGCUGGCUAUGACACUAGUGUAGUGACGACUGCUGUGACUCUGGACUACUCCUGGACUGGACCCAACCUCAUAGCCUCCAAUGAUAGUGCUGCUCUCACACUCUCACCAGUGGACCUACCAGCACAGAGCAGCGGAGACUACACUUGCACUGUCAGCGUUAUCCCAGCAGUUUCAACAUUCAUCAACCCUGCCACAGACUCUGAUACUUACACCCUCACUGUACUAGAUGCUCCCCCUCCUGAGGUGUUGACUGGUGUGCCUGUGAGAGAGGAACGUUGUGGACAAGUGUCUUCCAUCACCUGCACUGCAUCUGUCAUUGAUAACUUUGUAGCCACACCCACCUUCAUGUGGAGGGGGCCGGGUGGAGACAUUGUGGACUCUGACAACAUUCUCAACUUGGCCUCUAUGAUGACUGGAGGAGAGUACACUUGUAUGGCUUGUGUGAAAGUGCCACAAGUCAAUCUCUGUACCAACUCAACCGUAACCAUACAGAACACCACCCCCCAGCCAGUGAGUGAUGUGGUGUGUUCCUCCCUCUCUCCCUCCACUCUGAGUGUGAGCUGGUCCCCUCCAACUGACCCUGUCCUCAGUUAUCAGGUGGAGGUCAAACAGUACAGUCUAGAGGGUAGUGCAGUGGACACAGUCAGUCUCUCCACUCCAUUUGACAGUGAGGACAUUAUUACCAAUACCACUGUGGAGGGUCUAGCUUCCUCUACACGGUACCUGGUCAGUGUUGAGGCAGUGAGUGGUGUCGGCUGUAGUGCUGUCACUGAGAUAGACUGCUACACUGAGCAAACACAGCCCCCAGUGGUUACCGGGGUAACUGUGGAGAGAAUUGACGGGACUGCCAUGAAUGUCAGCUGGACUCCACUCAACAAAGCUCAGUCCAAUGGCUUCAUUCAGAGUUACAUAGUGACAUACUCUGUUGCCACGGUAACACCCAAUCGUAAGAGACAAGGCUCUCAACAAGUGACAGUACCCAGUGACAAGAGUGGCACUAUCAUUGGAGGACUGGACCCGGGGUCAGAGUACAGUGUCGGUGUGAGCGCUAGUGGAGCAGGGGGAACUUCAGAUUUGUCCCCCACCAUCGAUAUCUCCCCCAUACGCUCAGUGUUGUUCCAGCUCAGGCUCACCAACAUCCCCAGCUGUCCUGACUGGGUGGACCAGGAUGGGAGGAUAGAAACUGUGAUGAGUGCGUUUGCUACCGAGGUGGAGAGUCACUGUGGGUGUGGCUUCUCAAGCAUGGUCAUGACUGUCCCUCUCUUCCGCUGCUUCCCUGGGUCGGACACAGCUGCUACAUUCCGAGCCACUCUAACCGAUUCCAGGCUCCUUACUCCCAUACAAGACUGGAUACAAACCAAUGGAUUCAUUCCCAUUCAGAAUGUACUGAUUGAGGUGGACAAAACAUGUCAGGUGGAGAUCUCGAGCCUUGCAGACACCGAGUGUAACACUAUACUUGUGGGUAGUGAGUCAUCAGCUGCAGUGAUUGGUGGAGUGGUGGGGGUGGUCAUUGUCCUUAUCGUUGCUGUUACCAUUGCAGUCAUAGUGAUUGCUGUGCUGGUGUUCAAGAGUAGGAGAGACCGUCUACAAAAUAACAAAGGUUUAGUCAGUACUGGUGAGAUACAACCAUACGAGAUGAUAGAAAGGGGUGAUCAUGAAUAUGAGGAAGUUUCCAAGUUCCAACAACCGAGUGGUGGAGAGUAUGAGAUAUUACCACCCCCUCCACCCCGUCCACAACGGACAGUGGAUGCCGGGGAUGACUUUGAGGUCACUGAGUGCAUUGCCUACAACACUACCACCCAUGGCCCCCCUCCCCCCAACACGACCAGUGGAGACCCACUGUAUGAUAACUGACACUAUAAAUGGACUUUGUUACUAACAGUUUACUACCUCCUCAUUAUACUCCUAGUUUGUUCUGAUUCUAAUUUGCAACCUCUCAUUUUGUUUAUG